AUGACAUCAAAAAUUGAUCGAUUUUUUAAUCCAAAAGAUGGAACUUAUGCAAAUGUACCAAUCAUACCAGUACAUCCAGAAAAAUUUCGUGGAAAACGAUUAUUUGGCACUAAAGUUCUUAUUGGAAAUUGGUAUGAAGAUCAAACAAAGUUUAAAGAAUCAAGUCAUAGAUCCAAAUCAUUCUAUCAUAUUGAUUAUCCAGCACACGUUGGUUCUGUACCAGAUACUGUUUUAAGACGUAAAUUACUUGGAUCACAAGAAGAUCGACCUGGAAGAAUGAUUCUUGAUCAUCAUGAUAUUGACGAUCAAAAACAACUUAUUAGCAGUUACGAUGAACAAUACAAUAGACGAGGAGCUUAUGGAGAACAGCAAGAAACAUCAGAACGAAGAUGGGCACUACAAGAUGAUCUUUGGUUACCUGAACGUAGUGAUCAUCCUCUUGAAAGUACACCAACAAGUUGGGGUCUUGUCGAAAGAAAACGUUCACAAAGUCAAAGUCUUCGACGUCAACGUACAAUGCCUGAAAUAAGUGAAUAUACUGAUCGAUAUGUUGCUCAUCCACGAGAACUAUAUUCUUCAUUGAAAAAUUUUGCUGUACCACGCAUUUAUACAAGAGCCAUUGAUCGUACAAAUUCAUUAAAUAAAGAUAUAAAUUGUCGUUCAAUAUCACAUUGUAGUCGUCGAAUACCAAUAACUUCUGAUGCUAUGGAAACUAAUUAUAUAUAUUCACUUCGACGAAAUACAAAUGUGCCACGAGCAUAUUUUUAUUUAGGAAAAAUACCCAAUCAAAUGAAUAAUACAAUGCGAAAUAAACUUCCCUUGUUAACAGAAUCAACUAAUCCUGUUCCACCAUUGACAUCAUCAAUGGAACCAAUUCAAAGUCAAGAACAAAUUGCUUGA